UGUGUGUGUGUGUGUGAGGAGGGGCUGAGGAAGGCUCGGAGUUUUUCUUUGUUAUUGUUGAUUUUUUUUAGGAGGGGGCGUGUGUGUGCUUUGAGAUGAUUUGUUCUUUUGCUCACACGUGAAUGUAGGAUCGGGAAAGGUGGAAAGUGGCGUGAGAAGCAGAGAGAGGCUGCUUUCAAUUCCGUGCUAUCGCUUAAAUUCCUGGCAGCGUGUAGAGGCGUUUCAGUCGGCAGCUCCAGACCAAGCUGGUGCACACACAUACUCACAUACACACCCCACAGACAGAGUCUGCAUUGGAAGCCAAGCUACAGCGACUGCUCUCUCUCUUCCCCCGGCUCUCUUGAUUUCUUCCUGGUCCAGGUAUCCACUCAGCCAGCACCAUUUCUUCCAAAGGCAGACAGGACGACAGUCCAGCUCUCACCCGGGGGGUCCGUAAGAAGCGGCUGAUCGCCGCCGCGGUGGCGGUGCUGAUGGUGUUGCUGUUGGUCAUCCUGAUCCCGGUGCUGGUCAACUCGGCCGGUACCUCGGCCCGGUACGAGAUGCUGGGGACUUGCAGGAUGGUGUGUGACCCUUACGGCUCCAAAGCUACCACGGCGGCGGCCGAGACCGUGAGGGACCACAGCCUCAUGCCCUUACCCACUUUCAUCCAGGGACCCAAAGGGGAUCCCGGACGCUCGGGGAAAGCCGGUCCCCGGGGACCACCCGGGGAACCCGGGCCGCCUGGUUCGGUGGGACCGCCGGGAGGUAAAGGGGAACCGGGGAGACCGGGGCUGCCGGGUUUACCGGGACCUCCCGGGCCCAAUGCCGGAGCUAUCAGCGCCGCCACCUACAGCACGGUGCCCAAGAUCGCUUUCUACGCCGGCCUGAAGAGGCCCCACGAGGGCUACGAGAUGCUCAAGUUCGACGACGUGGUCACCAACCUGGGCAACCACUACGACCCGAGCACCGGCAAGUUCACCUGCUCCAUCCCAGGCAUCUACUUCUUCACUUACCACGUCCUGAUGAGAGGGGGAGACGGUACCAGCAUGUGGGCGGAUCUGUGUAAAAACGGCCAGGUUAGAGCCAGUGCCAUCGCCCAGGACGCCGACCAGAACUACGACUACGCCAGCAACAGCGUGGUGCUGCACCUGGAUGCAGGGGAUGAGGUCUAUAUUAAACUGGAUGGUGGCAAGGCGCACGGCGGCAACAACAACAAGUAUAGCACCUUCUCGGGAUUUAUAGUCUACGCAGAUUGAGGGAAGAAUGCAGCAACAGAAAGAAGCAACCAAAUCAAAUCACCUCCUGCGUGAGCGACUGAGGGUGGGAUACCCGUGGCCUAAACAAACAAAAAAACCAAAUGGACGGUCGCCAGAUGUGCUCCGUACUUCUGGAUACAAUCAGCCGUUGUUUUGUUUUUAAAGCUAUUUGAAACGUACUUGCAUACCUCGAAAAGACCAUGCCCAUGUCAAUUGGUUCAGUUUGGGUUAGUGCACCCAAAGCAAUUUCUCAAUGUUAGCGUUAUGUUUGUGAGAGGAAAUCCGUCCAAUACUGAGCACAGUGGCCAGUCUCUCUAUAAAACCUCAAGAUCGUGCGGGGGGAAUAGAAAAAAAGAGCAAGAUUUUCAAGUAUUCCUCAUUUUCUGAUGCUUUGGUAUAUUGAAUUCACCGCUUUAUCCAUUUGGUUGUCGUGAUUAGCCAUUUCUCUGCUUGGAAAUCCACAUUAAUCGCUGUGGUGAGCAACAAUUUUCUAACAACUCUUCUGGUUGCAUUGUUAAAUGAGUAUGCUUUUUUUUAAAAGAUAAAGUCAGUGUUUGCCUACUAUUAGAGUUGUACAUUUAACAGAAAGACUAAUAUAAAGACUAACGUGCGUGCAAUAGAUGCUGUGCAGCUUUCUGAUUGCUGUGGCAUGAAUUUCAAGUUCGAUAUAUACAUGUAUAUGCAAUAAGAUGCCAUAGAUUUUUAAACUAAAUCUUUCGAUCGUAUCAGUAUUAAAGUAUUCAAUAUUGAUCAUGAAUCGCUGUGACCUUAGCUCUUUCACGUUGAUCUGACUGCCCUCGAUUUGAUUAUCCCUUAACAUUUCGUACAUACGAUCCGACCUGAAUAGCCGUAAUAAAGAAAGGUUCAAACCAGUCAAUCUAACGGGUUCCUUCGCGGUAUACUGAUGAUUUAACAGGCUACAUUCGACUUGUCUGCUGAGUACUUCCACCACACACGAUUGAAGCGGUGGGAUUUUAUGGAACUAUAGAGCCAGCCCUACCAGCGUUCCAAAGUGCUUCUAGCUACAGGCCCCUAUUUUAAAUUCAGGUAAACCGAAACAUUUUACAUUUAAUUGUCUCCAAAACAAUUUAGUUUAAGAAUAGACUUGGCUGGUAUUAAGCGGACAUUAGCUUUUUCUAUUUAUAUUUUAAUUCCACGCGGCUUAUUAGGACAAUUCAGAUAUUGUUCGGGGCCCAAAUUACUGUUAUACAACAUUGCUGUUCAUUAAAAGAGAAUACAACACCUU